ACUGUCAACAAUAACAAAGUCGUGUGUGUUGUGUGUUUUCUCUGUUGACCUUCAGAGUGAACUCGUCGAUAAUCAUUGGAUAAUGAAUCCAAGGGAAUUGUCGUGAAUAUAUUAUGGAAUUGUCCCCACAAAAACGUGCGAAGAUAUGUAAACGAAAGAGGUUAGCCAAGAAUAGACGCCGAAAUAAGAGAAAAGUUGAGGUUAGAAGUGCUAAUCGUAGGAAGAUUACUUCUGGACAUGAGAUGAAUUUUUCCACGAUGACUGCUAACACUUUCUGGGAGAACUACAGGGUUGCUCAGGACUGGCAACAAAAACACAAUAUUGCUUGGUGGAGGUCACGUUGCAUCGCCCUCGAGCACGAGAAUAGAAUCCUGAGGAGCAAAGUACGAGAACUGGCUCAACAUUCCAAUUACAAUGAGGCAUAUCCGACACCUUCGAAUUCUCAUUACAAUGCCCUGAAUAAUUCAUCAGAAGAGGGAAACUUGGAGUUCCAUGUUGAUGAGGAUAUGCUCAAUUUCCUGGAGCAGAGUAUUCGUCAUAAAAUGGAGUUGAAGAAGAGUCGUGAAUCCGAAAAAUUUGGUUCUGGGGUAAAUGACGAGAAUGAUUGUCCUCUGGUUUUUCGAGAGAUCCAGGACCAUGAGAAAUUGGAGAAUGCUCAAGAAUUGUAUGGAUCCGCUGCCUCUAGGAUAAUUGCUAUGGAGACAGCUCUUCAGGUGACUGUCGAUAGGCACAAGGAUCGAGCGAAGCCUCGCUACUGGCCGAAUAUCCCAUUGAAACCUUGAGUGGACAUUUGGAGUGAUAUUUUCACUUGUAUUUAUGUACAUACAUUUCAUUUUAACCCACUCCAGAACAACCCGUGCCCAGUUUCAGAGCAAAAAGUUAUGAUUUGCUAUCAAAAUUAUUAAACAGUGCAUUAAAAUUGAGGAAAAGUUCAGCAACGCCACUUAUGCGACGCUAUAAUAUAGUCAAUCGUAUUUUUUUUCUUGGAAGAUGAUGAAUAAAUGGAUGAGACAUUUGUGAAUGAAAAAGGUCUUUUUAUU